AUGGGCAGCAUUGACAUGAACCAGGAGGCAGCCUAUGUGACCAUAGUCGUCGGAAGUCUAAUCUACCUUUUCGCCCUGUGCUCCAACCUGCUCUUGCUGGCCGUGAUCGCAGCCCACGCGCACCUGCACCAGCCCAUGUACAUCCUGCUCUUCAGCUUGUCCUUCAACGACAUCGUGGGUGCGACAGCCAUGAUCCCUCCGGUGCUCGCUAACAUCCUAUCAGAGACCAGACAAGGGACGUUCCUGCAGUGCCUGAUUCAGGCCUUGGCUUUGCACUGGUAUGCGGGCCUGGCUUAUCUCAUCCUGUCCGCCAUGGCUUUCGACAGAUACAUUGCCAUAUGCCACCCUCUUCGAUACCAUGCCAUUAUGACCAAUAGUACUGUUCUGCACACCUUAGUGUGGUGCUGCAUCACUAACGUCCUUCUGGUGGGCUCUGUGUUUGGGCUCACUCUUCGCUUCCCAGUCUGUUCCACAGCUGUGCCCAAUUUCUACUGUGAUAACAUGUCCAUCCUCAGAAUCACCUGUGCCAAGGACACCAGUCUGAAUAACAUUUACGGGUUGUUUAUCACAGGGUUCUACCAUGGACUGGGGGUGACGUCGAUUGUGUUUUCCUAUACGUGUAUUCUCAUUGCUUGUUUUAGGAGUACGGAGUCGGAUGCUAGGGCAAAGGCGCUGUCAACGUGUGCUACACAUUUCCUGGUCUUUAUCAUAUACGAGUGCUCAGCUGCCGUGAUUGUUCUCGUCUACCGGAUUCCUCAGAGCCCCCCCAACCUGAAAAAGUUCAUGGCCAUGUCGUUUGUGGUGUUUCCCUCCUGUCUAAAUCCCAUCAUAUACGGGGCGAAAACUAAAGAGAUAAAACAGAGUAUACAACAG